CCAGUGCGUGCAUCGGGUGUGUGUCUCCGCUGAGGCGCGUUGACGUCCGCGACGAACGUCGUACGGCCCGGACGGCGGGCAGCAGCAACAACAGCAGCAGCGGCAGCGAGCAGUGAGUGAGCGAACGAGUGAGUGUGCGAGCGUGAUCACGCGUGUUGUGUGUCGCGCGUUGCGUGCGUGCGUGCGUGUGAACGAGCGACAGCGAGCGAGUGUACGUCCGUCUGUCCGCGAAUAAGUUCGUUCCUGCUCGCCCGCCUGUGCGUGAGCGCGGGGGCCGCGUUUCCGAGUGCGACGAAAUAUGUCCGAGGCUCCGGAAGCAUGAGCGAGGGAGCAGACUCGGUUGCGCAAACCUGCGGGGAUUCGCUCACGACCUUGGCAAUCGAGGGCGAGCGGGAUGGAACGACGAGCGCGACGGCGUCGCAGCCACCGACCACAACGAUGUACACCGGUAGGAGGCCGCGCUGCGGCACCAGUGGUCCACCACCGUCGCCCUACAUGUGGAUCGACGGCCGGCAGCUGCGGAGCGCCUUGGUCUGGGCCAAGAAACCGUCCGAAGCUGGUGACCCGCCCCGACGAGUCAGCUUCCCCCUGAGCGACAAUCACCUGGUAACGGGCUACUUGGAGCCUGCCAAUCCCUGGCGACACGCUGAGAAUGUGAGUCGUGAGGAUUUAAUAUUCGCAUACAAGGAGUCCUGCGCACGUCACAGCACCGAACCCCUACAGAGCGUUUUAGCUCAGCUCGAGAAUCUGGAUAUAUCUCACGAUCGUUGUGAGGAGCUGAACUUGGAAGGGGAAACCUUGGAUCAGGGUCAUUGCGAGCCAUUGGAAGAAAUACUGAAGAGAGUACAAUUUAACAGAAUUAAUUUAGAAGGGACAUCUUUAACCGACGAGAGCUCCAUAAUAUUAUUUGAUAUGCUGGAAUAUUAUGAGUCCACGAAACACUUAAAUAUCUCGUCUAAUCCGAACAUCGGGCCACGCGGCUGGCAAGCGUGCUCGCAUAUGAUUAAGAAGACUCAGUGUUUAGAGCAGCUCGAAGCGAGGGAUGUAACGCUUAACGAACAGUACAUGAACAUUUUGAACCGUGCAUUGCGAUUAGUCUGCCAUCUGCAUGUCCUUAAAUUGGAAAAUUGUGGACUGUCGGGCAGAGCAAUCGUCAUACUUGUUACAGCUCUAAAAAUGAAUAGCGGUAUACGGGAACUAUAUUUAGCCGAUAACGGGCUCGACCUGUACGACGCUAUACAGCUCGGAUCUCUCUUAAGAAUGAACAAUCACCUGCAACUGCUCGAUAUCAGUAAUAAUAACGUCCAGGACGACGGUGUACGGGAUAUAUUGGAGGGCCUGAUUAAUCAAGUGAACGAGGACAAAACCGGCAAGGGACUUAGUAUCCUGAUACUCUGGAAUAAUCGUCUAACUAAGAAAUCGUCACCUUACUUUUCAAGAAUUAUAGCAUUGUCGAAAACAUUGGAGACCCUGAAUAUUGGUCAGAACAUGCUGACGGACGAGGUAUUGAGCAUCGUGAACGAUUCGCUGAAGAAUAACCGUGUUCUCUUGCAAUUGGGCAUGCAAUCAACGGAGCUCACGUGCGACGGGAUAGUCACGCUCGCCGAGAUAAUGGAAACGAAUCAGGUCCUGCAGAGGAUAGAUUUACGGGACAACAGCAUACAGAUGCGCGGGAUGCACGCUUUAGUCAACGUGAUGAAGAGCAACAAGAGCAUCACGCAGAUCGAUCUGGACGACAAACCGCGGAUAAGAAUAGACGGCGCCUUGCAUCAGUACAUCGAGCUGGUGUCGGAGAUACGCGGCUACUGCGGCCAGAACGGGGAGCGCCGGCUGCUGGAGGAAUCCGCCGAGGACACCGAGAGCCCGCAGCACCCGAGCCGGCUGUUGAACGCGAGCUCCCGUAAGAUCUCGCUUACCUGUCAGACACUGCCAUGCCCAUCGCGACCGGCGGCGGCGUCGUUGGUCGAGGAGACGGCGGCGCGCAGCAUGCUGGAGCCGAAGCGCACCAGCGGUGGCCGCCUGCGUUCCCCGGCUCCCAGUCCCAUCCCUUCCCCGGUGGCGAGUCCGAUCCCCAGUCCGUCCCGCAACCGCUUCGUCGUCUGCCGGGUACCGGAGGCGUCGCUGCGCUCCACCGACUCCUCGGCCUCCUCCUCGCCGGUCACCCCACCGUCGCUCGGCUCCUCUCCCACCGGUCUCUUCGUCGGCGGCAGCCCCGGGCCGUCGCGGUUCCGCGUCUCGGUGGUCGAGCCGGUGAGCGCGCCCAGGUCGGUCGUCACCUCGCCCAGCGGCAACGUCACCAUCGGCUUUAACUUCAGGGUGUCGGCCGACUCCGGCGACGCCGGUCGCGGGACCAGGACCGACGUGGCGGCAGUCUCGGCGGCGAAGGAGACUACCUCGUCCUGUGAGAGCGUUGCGAAGCGCGAAGGCCCGCGUCUCGACGUUGCGCGGUCGCGUGGACGCGACGACGAGGAGGAGAAGGAGGAGGGGGAAGCGCGGAGCGAAGGCGUCGGAGAUCCCCGCCACGGCGAGACCACCGCGGGUCGGGGCCGCUACGUUGGAACGGAUCUCAAGAGCGUCACGACGGCCUGCGCGGACCGCCGUCGUAUCGUGUAUACGAGUACAAAGGAGCUACAGGUACCUGCAUAUCCGAGCGAAGGCACCUCUUCGCCGAGGAUUAGCGUAGUGGAGGAGGAGGACGGGGGUGGAGCGUCGACCGGCUCGCUCGAGGCGAGGCCGGCGGGAGUCCCGAUCCGCACCGCCGACUCGCAACCGCAGGAACGGGCGAGCACGUCGUCGGUGCAGAGGCACAAGUCCAGCCUGGAGAAGCUGCUGUCGCUGUUCCAGUACCCCGGCAGCCUCUUCUCGGACUCGUCGAGCGCCGCCGCCGCGGACAGCAGCAGCGGCAGGACAACAGCAGCCUCCCUGCAGGAGAACGUGAGCGGCGUGAUGGCAUUGGGCGACAAAUUGCAGCAGUACCUGAAAGAAGGCCGAGCCAAAGUUAGCACGGACGGCUCGUCGUGGUCGUCCGCGGAGCAACACGGGUCCCCCUUGAGGAGCAGGUCGAUUAGGUUAAACGUGACGCAGCUGCAGAGCCUGACAGGUAUAUUUGCGUCGUUCAAGCUCGACCCGCACGCGACCCUCGUCGAGCAGAGCGCGAGGCUCUUCGGCCAGCCGAAGAGCCAGCCGGCGAAUGUCGACGAGAGGGCGCCGGAGGCCGUGCCGAACGAACAGCAGCGGGAGAGUUUCGUCGGCGGCCAAGAGAAAAGUCAGCUUGCCCGAGAGACCGGUGAGAUUCUCGAGGGUACUCCCUUCGAUCGCGAUGACGAUGAGAAUCCAGCCGUGAGGAGGAGGGCGAAGGAUUCGAUGGAGGAUCGGGAGAAGAAUCGUCGGGAAGACGAGCGGGACUUGUUCGGUCGCCACGACCGCGUAGGGGAUCGGGUUGCGCGAAACGACGACGACGGCAGUAAUUCGAUGGCCGAUCAUCGGGCGAAGAAUCAAAUUACGAGGGACGCCGGGAGCAAUUUAUUCGGUCAGAAUCGGAUUACGAGGGAGGAGGGUCUCUUUCUCGGCCGGGGGAAGAGUCAGGUUGCGGGGAACGACAUGCAGAAGCCAGUCGAUGAUCGGGUUGCGAGGGUCGGCCGGGGGAACACGACGUCGGUGGAUCGGGAGAGGAACGAAGUCUCGAAUAACGGGGAUAAUUUAUUCGGUCUGGUGAGGGAUCAGAUUUCGCGGAACGACCGGCAGGAUCCGGAGGGGGCGGGGAAAAACCGGCUCGCCGGCAACGUGGAAGAGGAGGACCUCGAUGCACAGGGGAAGAAUCCGCUCGUCGAUGGUAGCGAGGAGGUGACCGUGGAAGACGACGACGGGGCCCCGGAAGAUCGGGGGAGAAGCGGGGAUUCCACGAGGGACGAAUUCCGGGAGGACUACUCGCGCGGCGUGUGUGAAUCACGAUGGACCGACCGGGGUGAUCGACCGUUACCUGAAAGUGUGCAAUCAAAGGACGAUUUUGCCGAUAAAGAUUUAGUAUUAGAAAGCGGGUGCGUCGCGACGGCAAACGCGAUGCAAUCGUCGUCGUCGUCAUCGUCGUUAUCAUCAUUAUCGUCGUCGUCGUCGUCGAGCAAAUUCACCGCGUGCGUAGCUGUAAAGUUAACGGACAUACCUGAAUACUCUGUUUUAGAAUUAAGUCGGGCCGACAGCGGGGAGUGCGAUGACGCGAGGCGUCCCUUACGUAGCGACGACGACGACGACGACGAGGGCGGUGAUUCAGAGUGCGUGGAGCGUGACGACGCCGAGGAACGCCCAACGCAGGUCGCGAACCCUCGGCGUCGGGGACGCGACGUGGUCACCGGAGCUAACGACGCGAAGUGCUCGGAACGUGACGACGACGACGAAGCGGCUGGGGGCGCGCGCGCCGCGACGGAGCCGAGGACAUGUGAUACAACCACGACGGACAGUAUUAAUCAGACUAGUGAUAGUAGUUUUCCGAUUUGUAACAUAGCGCGCGAUAGGGAAGUCGUAGAUAGCUUAAGUACCGCGCCGACGGCGAGCGUCGCGCCGGACGACGUCGGCGGGACGACGUUUGCACCGGGAGGCGACCAAGGGACGUCGGGGCCGAGGGACGCCGACGGUUUUGACUCAAACGACCAAGUUACCAGUGGCACGCGCCGCGUCGCUGACCAGGAUCACCGGUGCGACUUCACGGGGGCGAGAGGAGAGGGGGAGCAACGAGAGCCACAGCGGCAGGAUCACGCGGAAGUCCCCGACGACGACGCUUGCCGCGACUCCGCUCAUUGCAGAAGUACAAGUGUAAAUAUUAAUAAGCUAGAAUCUUCGACGAAGAAUACAAGUCCUGUCGCGGUGAGCGAGGACGGUGAGGCGCCACCUCCGUCGGAGAGGCUCCGCCAUCAGUCGUCCGUGCCAAAUAACGUCGACGUACAUCGAAGUAUCCUUAAGGACGCGGCGGGGGGCCCACCGGAAGCCGACAGGCGACGCAGCGAUCCGACCAUCCUCAUCGUACCACCGUACGAGGAGGCGUCCUGCGCCAACCUGGACAAGUCGUCCGACGUGGACGAGCUGAUCUUCUGCAUGACCGACAUCUCCACGGACGGCACAUCCGUGGAGGACGAGCUGUCGCCGGGCGUGACGUCUAGAUGCUCGCUGAACGCCAAGGUGGCCAACUCGAGCUACUUCGAGCUGCCGAUCACCACGGCCACCUCGACGACGACGAGCACGCUGCUGAUCGGGCAUCCGGAGGGUCUGCACAGGAACAGUCAGGACUCGGGCAUCGACGAGACCGCGAUGACGAUCGACGACUCAGUCGCAGCGGACGCCCAUCCGCUGCCGCCGGCGCGCAGCAGCCUCCAGGAGAGCGUGGACUCCGGGAUCGAGUCGGAGUGCUCGUCGAUCUGCAUCAGGGUGGACUGCGCCGCCGUCGAGCGGACGUUGGAGGUGAACUCCUCCAAGAGACCGGCGCGCAACGACAACAACGGCGCUCGUGAGGACGGCGGGGUGGCCGACGACGAGGACGACGACGGUGAAGGUGGCGGCGCCGCCGGCGAGGAGGAGGAUGACGAUGACAACGACGACGACGAUGACGACGACGACGACGACGAUGAUGACGGGGACGUCGACUUUGGGGAGUUCGCGUCGGGUUUCCUCGCGAAGGAGGCGCGGCUAGUAGAUAACGAUAGCGUGAGCGGCAUCGCGUGCUCGUACCUCAACAGCAUCAAGUGCGCGGUCGUCAGCGCGGCUCGGCCGGGCGCCGGGAUGGCGAACAGCGGCGCGCUGGGAGUCGUCGUCGCCGACGAAGGCGUCGUCCGUCCUUCGGCAGCGCCGGUGAUCGCACACUCGCCCGCAGCCGUGCACGGCACCAGCCCGAAAUAAUGCAGCACAGCGAGGGGAGGAGAAUAGGGGCAACAAAGGGAACGAGAUCGACAACGCGGUCGAGUAUGACGACGAGGAUGACGAAAUCGAUGAGUUCGAAGAAGUCAUGAAGCAACUCGAGCCAAAGUAUCGGCGCUAUGCCAACUGGCGAAUCUGAAUGCUGUUUGAAACUGUCUAUCGUUAUUUUCGGUGAUCGUCGGUGCAAAAUGGGUGCGUGCUCGGCUGCAAGGACCAACGAUUUCAUAAACACACUUAACAUUCUUCAUCCCUCUGCAGGCCUCUGAAUUCGUGGAUACCAAGUGAAUCUUUGGUAUUCCAAAUUCUUCGACUGCUGCUGAUCCCGAAAUCUAUAGUACGCGUAACAUGAACUAUAGAUUUUCAGCAGUGAAUAUCGGAACGCAGCUACAUAAUUUUCCUUUGAACGGGGGGGAGUGAACAUUUCCAUUUGGGCUUAAAUAACAUUUGGCUCUCGAAUUAAAAAAUUUCUAUUUUUCAUGAAUUCAUGCUAGUGGAAAGAAUGCAUGACUCCCUGGAAAUUGAUCAUGGACCUUCUCCUCCAGCGUGAAUUCACGAGAAGUGUAAUUUUUUAAAUUUGAAAACAUUGGAAUUUUCACGUUUCCGUCCUAAGGAAAAAUUAUAUGAUCGAUAUUACCAGGUUUUUCGCAUCAUGAAUCUCUGACUUUAUGUGUCUCAGUGCUGCCAUUCAGUCAUUUAAAUCACUUUUUUCCUGAGCUGCCGUUAAAUUUGUAAAAUAUAGGCGUCCUGUAUAUAUUUGUGCCUUCUCGUCUGCCGCCGAUUGUUUCCGAAAGCGUACUCAUAUUGUAUCGUUCAUGUCUUUAAUCUCUAUUAUGAACGUUCGAAUCGUACUAAGAACUCGCCACAUAUUAAAUUAUCCAAAGAUAAACUCGGAAAAGUAAGAAUCAAUAUUACUUUUUUGCUCAAACGGUCUUAGUUACUCUCAGAAUUUGACAAAAAAUGUCACUUUUGGCGUCACUAUUUUGUUAUUUGAAAAAUUACUUUUGUCACCUGUUCUGCUGAGAAGCAAUCACUGUUUCUUUUUUUUUUUUGUACCGAUGAGUGAACGGCAGCCCCGUGCAUCCGAAAGAGAUCUCACGUCCGAAGAGUCAGGAUCCAAGUAUCCCUCGGCAUCACGAAUCCUGGACUCUGAUAGAUAAAUCGCACGCACGUUGCUGAAAAUUUUUAUCGGUACCAUCGUAACAAUACCUUUGAUAUCGUCUACGUGGCUACCUUAAUUCCCGUUUGUCUUCGUCGUGCGGAUCUUUUUCGUUUCGUGGACUCUUGGAUCCGCAGAAUCCCAGUUUCUCGCGGAUCCACGUUCCAUGGGUCCUUGGAGCCGCCGCCGCACACCGUUGUUAGGAAAAUAGCAGCGCAAAUCGUUGACGAGCCCGCGCCAGCCGAAAUUAUACAUCGUGCGACAGCGAGCGUUGUAAACUUAAUUUUUAACUGUAAUAGGUGUCAAUAGUGUCUUACGUAUUAGCUAGUUAGUUUGUCGGCCAUUUUUUAUUUCGCGACGAGGGAGGGGGGACGAAUGCGGGUCGGGAAGCAGGGAAGAAGGGUUAUAUCGAGAGUGUACAGUAGACGAUCGAUUCUAGUCUCGAAGACAGUCGAUCUGUCGGAAAAUUGUAAAAAAAAAACUUAAUCGCGCAUCAUUCGUGUCUCUCUCGCCGCGCGACGGUGCGCUCUGCUGUGCACGCGGCGGUGGAUCGAUGUCGCGCGCGACGCCAGUGCUUCUUAAACUUACAGAUCACGGGAGACCAAAGGGUAGAAUCGUUUCUUUCUCGCAUCCGUGAGAAGGUGUUCUCUGAUGAAAAGAAAAGAAGGGAAAAGAGAGAACGACGGGCGACAAAAGUUACGAAGCGUGUCCGGGUGUGUUUCGUUGCUGAUUACUACAGGGAUAUCUUUCGCGAUCGGACUUAGCUUGUGGAAGGCUGAGCUGAGUAGGAAAAGCGGUGAUGAUCGUCCGAGUGCUGACGUGUAUCUGAUAGGUAGUUAAAUAGAGAUAUCAAAAAAUAGGUAAUUUUCUCACUAAGGGACUAUCCGUGCCGUGAAUCAAAGAAUCCGCAACUGAGAGGGCAUCUGGGCUUGACACCACAGCCUGCGUAUGUAAGAGAUAGGUAGCAGUAAAGUUUUACAAUUAACGCGUGAAAAACGGAAGGGUUUGCGCCGGGUUAAAAAUCAAAACGGGGAAAAUCGACGGAGCCGACGACGGAGUUCCGGUCGCGCUUACUUACCAUACCCGCCCCACGUCGAUUUCGCUCUGCAUUUGACCGGAUCGGCUCUGGACGGACUUAUCCGUUUUCUCUGAUUUUUACGGUUGACUUUUUACGGUUAUCUCUCCGGUCGGCUGAACAGUAGGGUAGACGUUGUAACUGGCGGAUGAAUAUUCGUCGCAAUUAUCUUAACUAACUAACCGUAGAGGUUUCUUUCUUUUAGUUUGCGUAUCUCUCCAGAUCUUCGUGGAAGAGAGGUUUAAGGAAACACUGACCUAAAGAACGUGGCGAUUACCUUAAAACGAAACACUCUAACGAAUUAAUACUUAAAUCGUACAUCACUGUUUAACUGCAACUGGAAAAGAAAAACCUUCCCGAAUGCCUUGCGUAUACAGUAUGUUAUAGAAAAUGUGAGAAUCAGUAAUAGGUUACUUUCGGAGGAACUUGAAAAGUUUCUUUUUUAUUUUAUAUAUAUAUUUAUAUGUGAAGAGAAAAUUUAAUCGUGCUGGCACUUGAUAUUGAGGAUUAAAGUAUGCAACUAGUCAAAGUUUUAAAGGCAUAAAUAAUUACGAAAACGUUACUUGUUAAUUAGAGUAUAUUGUAAAUAAAUUGUGUUUUAACGAAAUUUUAAUUGGACGGAUGUAAUUGUCGAGAAGAUUAUAAUUGAAUGUUGAAAAAAAAUUAAAAGUUGCUUGGAAAGGGAGAAGAAGCGAGAUUUAAGAGAUUUUGUUGAACAAUGUAUGUCGAGCUUCUAAAUUUAAUUGGAAGAAAACGUUCCUAUCACUGGUUAUCAUAUUCUUCGAGAUGUUCUGUAUAUUUACGUAUACCUGUGGAUAUGCGCGCGUGUAUGUGCGUGCGUGCGUGCGUGCGUGCGUGUGUGUG